UUAAGUUUUAUCUGUGUAUAACAGUGUAAAUAUUGGAAAUAGUUCACAAGCUUUGGAACCUAAAUGAUUCUCAGUAACCAGUGGUUUCUGGCCAGGGCCUGGGGCUUCAGGGUGUCCUACCACCUGGGCCUUCCAAGCCUGGGACAUCCCUGGCUGCUGUUUCUCUUGGAGCCUCUGCAGGGCCAGUCCUGGCUCCCAGAGAAGCUAGGGCCAUGUGCAUUUAGGGCUUCUGUCUUUCCGGGCUACAGCGCCUCUCCAGGCCUGGUUGGGCCUUUGUUCCAGGCCUGCCUCCCACCUCCCAAGGCCUGUUUCCUGAGCCUUGCCCCUGCCCUCUCCUUUCUCCUCAUGGCCCAUCUCGGGUGGCGGCAGGGGUCGGGGGUAUCCCAGGGACACCCCUGUCCACCACCAAGAGGAACUUGGUGUGGGGGUUGAGCAGAGAGCCCAGGGUUAGGUGCCCAACUUCUGAUCUCCCACCACCAGCUUCACAGUCUGGGGCAAGAAAAGUCACCUCUUUGAAAACUGGGUGUUUGGGAGGGAGAGGAAAAGGCAGUGAGACGGACAGUGCCUGCAACCUGUUGCCAGGUCAGGGCUUGCUGGUGCAGAACUCUGCUCCAGUUCUUCUGGGCUCUUCCAGGUCCUUCCUCAGCAGACAAGCUUCCGCUAUUCCCCUCAAGGCAGGGGGUCGAGGCUGCACAAGUGGUGCUGGCAGCUCAUUUCUCAGCAAAGCCUGGGACUGUGCCAGAAUAGCCUUGAGUGCGGCAGUCUUUGGUGUGAAGGACUGCGGUGGGGGUUCUCACAGGGAAACCUCCUGCUCUGAUCUGAGGCUCUUGUCAGGGCUCGGAGGCCACACCCAUUGCUGGGGACCAGGGACAGGCCCUUCUGUCACCCACUGGUGUGAACUUGAGGGAGGGGUUGGUACGCCAGACUCCUGGUUCCCUCCCACCACACACCCCCCACCCCCACCCAGCCCUGGGGAAGGGACCCUCAGGGUUCCUUUCCUCCCACAUUUACAAGGGCCGCUGGCCCACGCAGUUUCCUGUGAACACCCUACACCAGGGUUUGAUGGCCUUUCUCAUUUUUGCUAAACUUUUUUCAUCUGCUGAUGGUGGUCCUUUCACCACCAAACAGUAACUCUGAAGCAUGAUGGUGGUCUGAGGGCAGCCUGGGAGGGUCCUGGCUGCACCGCCAACAGGCUGUGUGCUGUAACCCUCAGGGCCAUGACCAAGGAGACAAGGGGUCCAGCCCCCUGGAACUCCAGGAGGGUUAAAGGAGGUGACGCUGGUGCUGAGCCUGGUGCCUGGCACAGAGUAGAGUACAGCCUUGGGCAGUGAGUGGCCUUAUCAUGAAGAAAACCUCACCAGGAGGGCCUUGAGGUCUAGGAAAGGCCCAAGGCACCAGGACUGACUAGGUCUAGCUGUUCCCUCUAACUUCAGCCUUAAAAAUCAAAUUCCCUCCUCAGCAAAAGUACAGCAAGCAAUCCCAGCGCAGACAGGGACUGCCAGAUGAAGGACACCCUCCUCUCCCCUCCUGCCUGCCUCUCCCCUUCUUUUGCCCCCCCCCCCACCUCUUCCCUCUCCUCCUUCCCUCAUCUGUCCCCUCCUCUCCACUUGGCUUCCCCCUGCUCUAUCUUUCUCCCCUUACACCCAGGCAGAAGAGAAGCUCUACCCAAAGCUAGGUAUCUACCCCCCCCUCCUCCCUCACUGACAGGUGGUGCUCUGCAGCUGACCCAGCACUGGGUCACCUCUGGUUCCUACCUGGCUGCACCAAAGAAUCACCUGAGUGCUGGACCCCACACUCAGAGCCUGUAGUGGGGUGUAGGUAUUGUGAUACUGACAGGGUUGGGGACCACAGGCAAUGAGGACAGACUAGUGGGGCCUCCAGCCCUGGAGCCAGGAGCUGGAGCCAGAGCAAGAAGGCAAACUGCCCGUCCUACAGCACCUGUUCACUCCAGGCCAAGCGCAGUUUACAGAUGAGGAGACAAGGCUCAGAGAGGUUAACUAACUUGCCCAAAGUCACACAGCCACUGAGUGGUUAAGCCAUGCUCAAGCCUUAGAGGCCACUAACUACAAAACCAAGGAGGGCUCCUCCAAGCUCACAGUGCCUUCUCUGGAUCCUAGAACAUGUCCCCCAAGAUCCCAGGAAAAAGGGCAAACCUGGCCUAUGGCCUGAGUGGUGUAGGGCCUGUGGGGACAGCUCCAGGCAAAGGAAAAUGGGAGGAAGAACCAUCUACCUGACAGGGAGACGCUAGCAGAAACUGGUGGGGGGUGGGGCCAAACCCCGGAGAAUGUCUGUUACUCCUAGGGAGCCUGCCCACCCUCCCUCAGCUCUUCCCGAAAGGCAGGCGCUUGGGGCCCACCCCUGGUGUCAGGUUCCUGGCCCCCGCACCACAGCUGUCACCCCCAUCCCCAGGGGCCGCUGCCUUCCAUGGCUGGAGGAUCUGAUCCCUCACAGCACCACCUCCCUACCCCAGGCGGUGGGCCCUCCAGUUCAAAGCAUCCCUCUCCCAGACACGAAGCCCCAGCAAGCUCAGGCCCACGCUCCGUUCUAUAGAGGAGGGGAAAGGAAUUACCCAGGGAACAUAGCUGGGGCAAUUUCCCCAAGAAUAAAAGGGCUCCUCAAAACAGGAAGGAGGGAACUAUAGAAGACCCUCACCCUAAAGCGGGAGACGCACAUUCACUUCUAAAGAAUGCCCGUGUUCAGGGUAGUCGUCCCCUGUGUUCAGAACCUCACCUCCCAGGUGCUGCUGUCCCCUCGUUCUUUCUCAGUUCAGUCUGCCACGGCACAGGACUGUACUGUACAGGAAGCUCCAUGUUGGGCAGGUAGAGAAGAACUUGCCACCUUCUCGCACAUAUACACGCACACACACAGGUUCUGGUCACCCACAAGCCAUUUACUGACACAUGGCAGAUCAGAUUAAACAAAGGCAUUGCUGACACAGGAAGGUGUUGGUUUUCUGGCCCAUCUCAAUCAGCAAUAAGGCCCAGUAGAAGGUGCUAGUAGAUGGGCCAAACUUUGGGACCAGACCUAUUGUGUGUUUCCUAACUAGGGACCCCUGGACAGGUCAUCCCUGCUCUGGCCUCAGUUUUCCCAUGUGUGCCGUUCAGAUGGUCAGCAGGUAGCCUUCAUCAAAUGGACCAGGGUUAGGGGGAUGGAAGGGGCAGGAGAAUAAAGAGCACACAUACACAUGCAGCAUCUCUAGGAAGAGUCCCAGGCUGUGUCUAUUGCAGAGGCCUCCAGUGGCCUCCCCUCUGGCCCACUGGUCCAUAAGUCCAUGGCCCCCAGAAAGGUCCCUGUCAAACCAGACCGUCCCCAAACACAGUCCCAGCCACCUACCAUCAUGGCACAGGGUGGUAAGAUGCAGAUACAAGGCUGGGAGGGCGUAUCCACAGGGAUCUGGGAAGACUUCCUGGGGAGGAACAUUGGCACCAGCCCUGGAAAGAAGGAUGAGUCUGUUUAGACAGGAGGAGGUGAGGAAGGAAGAGAAUUUCUGGCAGAGAGGACAGUGUGAACAAAGGCAUAGAUGUGUGAGAGUGCAAGGGCAUGGGGGAUGCACCAGAGUUACUGGCCCAAGCACUAGGUCGAUUAAGACAUUCAGGUGAAUUAACACUUCCUGAGCCACGCACUGUUCUGGGCCCUAGAGAUACGCCACUGAAUAAAGAACUCUUCGCAAGAGAGGUGGUGUGGUAGAGUGGUUAUAUGCUUGGGCUUGGGAGCCACGCUGCCUAGGGUUGAAUUACUACCUGUGUGAUCUUAAGCGAGAUACCUAACCUCUUUGUGCCUCAGCUUCCUUAUGUGUAAAAUAGGUAAUAGGUAACCUAAUAGGCUUGUGUGACGGUCGAGUACAGUGAUGCAUUUCAGGUGCCUAGAGCUGUGCCGGGCUCAUUAAAUGUUAGGUGGUGGUAUCACUAAAAAGGCUGGACCUCCCCAUCUCCGCCCAUUGUCUAGCGCGCUCGACCCCAAAGCCGGAGAGACUGGGCAGCAGCGCCCCCUCCUGGCUACCGAGAGAAAGACGGGCGUCCUCCGAUGCUCAGCGGCCCUCCGUGCCUGCUUCCUAGCGGGAAGCCUCAGGUUCCCCGCGCGCUGCUCCGGCGGCGGGCUCUCCGCGCGCACUUCGCCGUGCGGGUAAAUUAGGUGGUCUCCUGUAAUUUUCAAACAGUGCUCUGAGGCAGACACGGUCACUGCUUCCAUUUCACCAGGGGAGAAACUGAGGCCCCCGGGAGGUCGGGUCCCUCGUUCCAGGCCACUCGGCGAGGGAGCGGCGGGACGUGAAGGUGGGCGAGUGUGACUGUCCCCAGCCUCUGCUGAGUAGCCGGGCAGCCUGCCCCAAGCCCUGGGGCGAGUGCGCGCCGGUGUACGCGCCCGCCCUGUGCGCGUGUGCGGUGUGCGCGCCCCGAGCCCGGGCCCCGGGGGCCAGGAGCACAGCGGAGGGCGUGAGGAGGCGGGGAUGGCCCCGCCGAGCCGCGGGGCGCGAGGGCGGGGCUUGUGCCGGGCCCCGGCCCCGCCCACCGGCCCCGCCUGCAGGGCUCCGGGAGGGAGGAGGCGGCGGCGGCGCUAGGAGUGGGGACUCGGCGGGCGGCGAGGAGCUCGGAGCCGGAGCCGGACGCCGCCGCCACCGCCACCUGCGCGGCAGUCAUCAAGAUGUCAUGGCACCCCCAGUACCGGAGCUCCAAGUUCCGCCAUGUCUUUGGCAAACCAGCCAGCAAAGAGAACUGCUACGACUCUGUGCCCAUCACCCGCAGCGUCCACGACAAUCAUUUCUGCGCUGUGAACCCCCACUUCAUUGCAGUCGUGACUGAGUGUGCUGGUGGGGGGGCCUUCCUCGUCAUCCCGUUGCACCAGACGGGAAAGUUGGACCCCCACUACCCGAAGGUGUGCGGGCACAGAGGGAAUGUCUUAGACGUCAAAUGGAACCCUUUCAAUGAUUUUGAGAUUGCCUCCUGUUCUGAAGAUGCCACGAUUAAAAUCUGGGACAUCCCCAAGCAGCUGCUGGCAAAGAACCUCACAGCCUACAAGAAGGAGCUGGUGGGCCACGCCCGCAGGGUGGGGCUGGUGGAGUGGCACCCCACGGCCGCCAACAUCCUCUUCAGCUCUGGCUACGACUAUAAGGUGAUGGUCUGGAACCUGGACACAAAGGAGCCUGUAAUCAUGAGCCCUGUGAAGACAAUUAACUGUCACCAAGACGUGAUCCUCUCCAUGUCCUUCAACACCAACGGCAGCCUGCUGGCCACUGCCUGUAAAGACCGCAAGAUUCGGGUUCUCGACCCCCGAGCAGAGGCCGUCCUGCAGGAAGCCAACUAUAAGGGGCACCGGGCCAACAAGGUGCUAUUUCUGGGGAACCUGAAGAAGCUGCUGUCCACGGGCACAUCCCGAUGGAAUAACCGGCAGAUGGCCCUGUGGGACCAGGAUGACCUCUCUGUGCCUCUCACAGAGGAGGACCUCGAUGGCUCCUCAGGCGUGCUGUUUCCCUUUUAUGAUGCAGACACCAACAUGCUCUACGUGGUGGGGAAGGGAGACGGGAACAUCCGCUACUAUGAGGUCAGCGCUGACAAACCUCACCUGAGCUACCUGACUGAAUACCGCUCCUAUAACCCACAGAAGGGGAUCGGUGUUAUGCCAAAGAGAGGCCUCGACGUGUCCUCCUGUGAGAUCUUCCGCUUCUACAAGCUGAUUACAACCAAAAGCCUCGUCGAGCCCGUAUCCAUGAUUGUACCCCGGCGGUCGGAAUCCUACCAAGAGGAUAUCUACCCGCCCACGGCAGGCGCCCAGCCCUCUCUGACGGCCCGGGAGUGGCUCAGUGGGAUGAAUAAAGAGCCAGUCCUGAUGUCUCUUAGGCCUGGCUCCGAGCUGCUGAGCCCCCGGCCUCUGCCCCCAGAGAGAUCCCUCUCCAAUCUCAUGGCCCCCACCUCGCCUGGCCUCUUCAACCCGUCAGAAAAUCUGGUUGCAGAAGGUGGCCAGAGGCCCUUCUCCCUGCUGGAGGAGAAGGCGCCAAGGUGGGCGGCAGAACACAGACUGGAGGAGAAGAAAACUUGGCUCACAAAUGGCUUUGACAUCUUUGAAUGCCCCCCACCAAAGACAGAGAACGAGCUGCUGCAGAUGUUCUAUCGGCAACAAGAGGAGAUUCGAAGGCUCCGGGAGCUGGUGACCCAGCGUGAGGUCCAGGCCAAACAGUUGGAACUGGAGAUCAAAAACUUGCGGAUGAGCUCAGGGAGGCUCUGAGCAGAGUCCUGUGCCCUCCUUGCCCUCAGGGACACCAUUUGGCUCCAUGGGGAGGUCUGCAACCAAACCACAGGUCCCCCGAGAACAGCCACUAUUUCUAUAUAUUUUUUACCAGAAACAAAACUCUUGGUCGCUGAAAGAUUCCAGUGGGACCUGGUGCCGAUUUUCUAUUUGCCUUCUCGAAACAACAGUGUCUGAAUUGACUCUUUUUAGAUGAUACCUGGCCUUCUGUUUGUUUUGAAGAGUCCACGAUAACUUCUCAAGGGGAAGAACAUUGUAGAAAGUUAGAGCUGGAAGGACCUAGGAGGUGAACCUGCCUGUGGUUGUCAAACUGUGGUCCAGGGCUUCCUAGGUGGCGUAGUGGUUAAGAAUCCGUCUCACAAUGCAGGGGACAUAGCUUUGAUCCCUGCUCCAGGAAGAUCCCACAUGUCACGGAGCAACUAAGCUAAGCCUGUGCACCACAAAAACAAAACAAAACAAAAACCUGUGGUCCAUAGCAAAGGGGGAAGCCAAGCCAGAAGGGCUGUGUCCCCUCCCCCUGUUCCAACCAGUCAGCUCCCCUUCUUCCUAUUUUAUAUAUUGGCUUCUAUAGAAUACCUAAUUUUGCUACUAAAAAAAAAUUAGAAUUUUAAAAACUAGUGAUGUGGCCCAACUUCCUUAUUUUACAGGUGGGGAAACUGAGGCCCAGGGAGAGGCAAGUAACCAAGGUCCCCAGAGAGUUCAUGGCCAGCCUGGGCUGAGCUCCUGGUCGCCUGGCUCUGUCUGUCUGCUGUUGGUGAGGCAGUAGAUUUGCAGUUCUCAGCCCACAGUGCAGGAAUCCGUUGGUUCUGGCCUUGGCUGUGCCCCCGAUUUGCUCAGUGACCUCUUGCGAGUCAUUCCCUCUCUGGUCUCACUUUCUCCAUCUGAACAAGGAGGACCCUGGAAUGCGCUGGCCUCUAUAGGAUCUGCCACCUGAGAUAAACCUUGGCCUUGACCUGAGGAAAACUCCUUGUAGGGUGAUCAUCUGGGUUUGCUGCAGGAACUCAAAAGACUUUGACAAAGGGGCAGAGGAAGUUUAACUUCAGGGAAGUAAGUCAAGGUUCAGCCUAAUUGUGGAACACAGACAGGAGGCCAUCCUCUCUCUCUUCAACCAGAAUCAGCCAAAUAUGGGUAAACACUAUCCCUCAUGUGGGGAUGCAGACGACAGAGCGGUGUCCAUGACCACUGACUGCCACCACCAAAGCCCUGAGGUCACAGAGCCUGCCUCCUCCAGGAUGACGUAGAUAGAUUUCAGCCCAAGGUAACAGAAGAGGUCCCCAGGAGGCAGGGAGCCCCAGCACUGGAAGUGUGCCAGCAGAGCCCCAUGGCUGCCCGCCCAUAAGGGUUUCUGGAGCAGGAUGACUGCACUAGGCAAGGAAUUGGGACCAGGUGACCCUGACUUCCCUUCCAGCCGGAGAGUUUUUCUGUGUCCCUCCUUUGUGAAUCUGUAUGCUGAGCCCUUUCUCUAAGCUUCUCUCUUUCUCAGUGGUCAGUACAACAAGACAGCUAGAGACAGGGAAUGAUGGAAAUUAGAUGUGUCCUUCCUUACCAAGACUGUGUAGACAAUGAGUUUUGCCCAUUGCAUAGGGCAGUCCUGGAGCUAAGAUGGGAACUGCAGGAGGCCACCUAGCCAGGUAGGUUUCAACCCAGGCUGCACCUUAGAAUCCCCUUGGGAGGCUUCAGGAAAUACGGAUACCCAGGCCCAAUCCCAGACCAAUUGAAGCCGAAUCUCCAGAGUAGGGCCUGGCCUUGUGUAUGUUUUUAUAAGUUCCCAGGUGAUUCUGCAAUACAGUGAGGACAGAGACCCACUGGGCUAAUCCCUCUAUACCUAUUUGCUGUAAAGGUGAGGGCAGUGAGCACCAGACAGGAUCUGGGACUCCAACCCCAUCUUCUAAGUCCAGGCUGGAAGGUCCUAAAAAAGUCAAGAAGCAUUGUCCUGGGUGUCUCUGGGACUCGCAACUGCAGCACAGUGAGGGCUGUGUGCUCUGACUGACCCCUCCCCGGCCACGGCUGAGUCCCCUUGUUUGCCCCCACACACCAGACGCCCACGUUCCUUGUCACGUUUACUCAGUCACUGGGGGCUGCCAAGCUUUCCAAAGGCCAAAUCCCAGGCAUUGUCAGCAGAGCAGAGCUCUGCUGGAUGGGGUUACUUCUCCCACCUCAUUUGUGGCUAGCACCUCACAGUUUACAAAGCCCUCCCACCCCCACUCACUGACAUCCUACGCUAAUAUGGGUCAGCUAGGCGUUGUUACCCCAAGUUCAGAAGGGAAGACCUAGCUGCAGAGAAUGAAGAAUCAUCAAGCCCAAUGGCACUGGCUGCAAGGAGUGGAGGUGGGGCCCGUCUGGGGAGCUUCCCACAUGCCUCCUCUACACAGAAGUCUCCCUUCCUUCUCAAGCUCCCCCUGCCCCUAAGGGACCCAGACCUUGUGCUUAAAAACAACACGAAGGCAUCCAUGAACAAACUUUUUUUUUUUAACAUUUACAAUAAAUUAUUUAAAUUAUUUCACAGCAAGGGAGAGGGAUAGGUAAUUUUUAUCAGAUAUUUUUUUAAGCCAUUUUUUUAAAUUACAUUUUUGUUCUUGACUGAUGAAGUGGAACUCGCCCAGCAUUUGCAGGGCCCUCAGGCUCAGGGCAAGCAGAAUGUGUACUCAUCUCCUUACUCUAUACCCUAGGAAUCCCCUGACUGUUGACUCAGGAACUUUCUGAGACUGAGGACAGCACUGGGAGAUGAGCUUUGGGGUGUAUCCACCUCAGCUCUACAAUCACUGAGAUUGUAUCAUAGAGGGAAGCAGUGUCAGGAAUUGAUCUAUGCUUUUAAUAUGAAACCGUGCCUGAAACAGUUUGUUCUAAUAUUGUUUCUGAAGUUCCUCGUACCUUUGUAAAAAAAUUAAAUAAAUAAAAGUGAAAAUAAAUAGAUGUGGAAUCGUGCAAUGGAAAGAAUGUAACAAAAUAAUAAACAUCUGCCUAGACA